AUGCUGAAUUCUAUAUUAUAUAAAAAAAUUAAAUUAACUGAUGAUAUAGUAAAAAAAUUUGAAGUAAUAAGAGCAUUUAAAUAUAAACAUACUUUAACAAAAAAUUUAGCAUGGAGUUAUGAUGGAGAAUUAUUAUUAACAUCAAAUGGAAAUGAUUCUUUAACAGUGUAUAGUUUAGUAAAAGGAAAUAGUUUAAAAACAUUACAUAGUAAAAACUGCGGAGUUGAUGUUAUAAGAUUUUUAAAUAAUAGUAAUGAUAUGAUUGUUUGUUCAACGAAAUCUAAUAAUUUAGAACAUAAACAAUUUUUGAGAUUUUGGGAUAUAAAAGAAAAUAAAUACUUAAAAUCAUUACCACAAAUUGGGAAUAUAUGUGAAUUAAAUGGUAUUUGUGUAAAUCAAAAUAAAAAACUAAUGUUAGUUAAUUCUGACGAUGGCCAUAUAAAAUUAUAUUAUAUGAAUUGUGAUUCUCCUUUAAUCCUAUAUAAAUCCAAUUUUAUGAGACCUGUUUCUUCUUUUGAUAAUGAAGGAGUUAUAUUUGCUGCUUCAUUUGGUAAACAAGAAAUUCAUUUUUAUGAUUUGUUAAUGUAUGACAGUGGUGAGUACAAUAUUUUUAAUUUAAAAAAUAAUAUGAAUAAAGAAGAAUUCAUCACAAAUCUCUUGUUUACACCAAAUAAUAAAUCGAUAAUAGUUUCUACUAAUGAAAAUAAGCAUUUUAGAAUUGAUUCUAUUACGGGAUGUUAUAUAUGUUCUUAUAAUUAUCCUACUUAUUCGGAAAAUAAUAAUUUUUAUGAUAUAAGUAGUAACUUGAUCGAAGAAAAAAAAAAUUCCUCAAAUUCUAUUAUUAAUUUUUGCGAUCAAUUAAAUGAUUCAGACAAUAACAAUUUAAGUUGUCAUUUUGAAAAUUCAAAAAAUGAUUUUUUUCUUCCAACUAUCACACCUGAUGGGAAGUACAUUAUGUGUGGUUGGAAAGAUUCAGGUAUUCACAUUUGGAAUGAAAAUGGAAAUUAUAUAACAUCUUUAUACGGACAUGAAGGUCCUCCCAAAAAUGUGAGCUUUAAUCCGAAGUGCUCUAUACUGGCUUCAAGCUGCUUAAAUAUAGCUUUGUGGCAACCAUCUAUGUAA